AUGACUACCACUUUCCCUCCACCUCCUGCCGUCGGCAACGGCGGAUCCACUCCUGCCCUCAUCGCCCAACAAUUACCACCGCCGUACUACCCCGGCGCACCGUCCUCCUCCACCGCCUCUUCCAUCGUCAUCGUCAUCAUCAUCAUCGCGUCAGCAGUUAUCGUCUCCGCCUCCAUCUACAUCCUCCUCCGCUUCCUCUCCCGCCGCUACCACCGAGCUUUCCGAACCGCCGACGAAGACGUCAUCGUUCUCCGUCCCGAAACCUCCCGACGCUUCCAGGCCGCCGCCGGCCUGCUGGACGACCUCCCGCUCUUCACCUUCCGCUCCGUCCACGGCGACCUGGCCGGCGCCGACUGCGCUGUCUGCCUGUCCAAAUUCGAGCCCCACGACCAGCUCCGGCUGCUCCCCCUCUGCUGCCACGCCUUCCACGCCGCCUGCAUCGACACGUGGAUCGUCGCCAACCACACGUGUCCCCUCUGCAGGUCCGCCGUCCUUCCCCCCGCCGACCUUUUGGCCAAAACCGCCCCCGCUGCCGGCGGAGGGGGCAGCUUUCGCGUCGAGAUCGGGAGUGUCAGCCGGCGCGGCGCGGCGGACGAUGGGCGGCGCUCGUACUCGAUCGGCUCCUUCGAUUACGUCCUGGACGAGAACGGGUACGAGGUCCCUGUGGGGUCCACCGCCAUCCACCGGAGGGGGGGUUCCGACUGCACGUCCGUGGACAAGGAAUCGUCCGUCGGGAUCCAGAUGCCGGAGCCGCCGGGGGAGGCCAUCGCGGCUGAGGUAUCCGGAGGGAGGAACUGGCUGAGGGAAUACAUGGACCGAUUGGCGUCGUCGUCCUCCCGAGCGUUGUCGUUCAGGAGCUCCGGGAGGUUCUUCACCGGAAGCAGCAGGCGGAGCGACCUUGGCGUCGAGGAUCUGGAGGCGAACCAACACCACCACCGUGUGGGCGAGGAGAUAAGCGAGUUAUUCCGGUGGCUCUCCGGGAUCUAA